AUGGCAGGUGAACCAGUUAAUGUGAAUGAAUUUGAAGAGCUAGCUAGGCAAGCUCUUCCAAAUAUGUACUACGACUUCUUUGCUGGAGGAUCUGAGGACCAGUACACACUCGAAGAAAACAUCGAAGCAUUUCGUAGAAUCAUAAUCCGUCCAAGAAUACUUGUUGAUGUGAGCAGAAUAGACAUGUCAACUGUUAUACUUGGUCACAAGACAUCAGCUCCUAUUAUGAUUGCCCCAACUAUGAUGCAUAAAUUUGCACACCCUGAAGGAGAAAUCGCAACAGCUAGAGGCGCUGCAUCAUGUGAUGUUAUCGCGGCUCUCAAGAGAGAGAUAACAGAACAUAUGGUACGUCAAGCUGAGAGUAAUGGGUUCAGGGCUAUAAUUCUCACUACUGAUACUCCAGCGCUUGGUAGAAGGAAGGCUGAUAUAACAAAUAAGAUGAUCGCACCUCAAUUGAGGAACUUUGAAGGUCUUCUAUCAACUAAAUUUGCCUCUGAAAAAGCUUGCGCUGUAGAAACUCUUGAUCGUUCGUUUUUCUGGAAGGAAAUAGCAUGGUUAAAGUCAGUUACCAAGUUGCCAAUCCUGAUAAAAGGCAUUCUCACGAGUGAAGAUGCAAUGAAAGCAAUUGAAGCAGGAGUUGCAGGAAUUAUCGUCUCUAACCAUGGAGCUCGGCAGCUGGAUUACACUCCAGCUACUGUUUCUGUUCUUGAAGAGGUGGUCCAUGUAGUUCAAGGUAAAGUUCCAGUUCUUAUUGAGGGAGGAAUUAGACGAGGAACAGACAUAUUCAAGGCUCUAGCACUCGGCGCAAAAGCUGUUCUGAUUGGUCGACCGGUUAUCUAUGGUCUGGCCGCUAAGGGAGAAUCUGGGGUAAAACAAGUUAUUGAAAUGCUCAAGAAUGAAUUGGAACAGACUAUGGCUCUUGCUGGCUGCUGCACUGUGGCUGACAUUACCAGAAAUUAUGUUAAGACAGAGAAAGAAAGGUUCCUAGGUAGGAUGUAG